GAGUAUUACUGACAGAGGCUUCCCGGGCCGGAGCAGAAGGGGACUUAGGAAGUCAUGAGUGCGGUGGACCUUAGUCGCGUGGGCGCGUGUGUCUUGAAGCAUGCAGUGACCGGGGAGACCGUGGAGCUGCGGAGCCUUUGGCAGGAUAAAGCUUGCGUGGUGGCCGGUCUGCGACGCUUCGGUUGCAUGGUGUGCCGUUGGAUCGCCCAGGACCUCAGCAACCUCCGGGGCAUCCUGGACCAACAAGAUGUGCGCCUGGUGGGCGUGGGGCCUGAGGCCCUGGGUCUGCAGGAGUUCCUGGAUGGUGGCUACUUCUCAGGAGAACUCUAUCUUGACGAGAGCAAGCAGUUCUAUAAGGAGCUGGGCUUCAAGCGGUACAACAGCUUAAGCAUCCUACCGGCUGCCCUGGGAAAACCUGUGCGUGAUGUGGCCUCCAAGGCUAAGGCUGUUGGCAUCCAGGGGAACCUGUCUGGUGACCUACUGCAGAGUGGAGGAUUGCUGGUGGUCAGCAAGGGUGGUGACAAAGUACUUCUUCACUUCAUCCAGAAGUCCCCAGGUGACUACGUUCCCCAGGAGAACAUCUUGCAGGCCUUGGGUAUAUCUGCAGAGGCUUGUUCCAGCAAGCCACCACAGUGUGAUGAAGAGGUGUGUGGGAGGUGAUGCCUGGCCUCUGGGGACUUGGCGGCAUUUGCAACCUUGAAUGUAUUUGGAGUGGAGAGAAUCACCGUGGAGCCCCUGGGACAGGAUGCU